CAUGCGCGAGAGCCGCCCCGGAGCCCCCCGCCGCCCCGCCCGCGGCGCCCCGCGCCCCGCCGCCAGCGCACCCCCGGACGCUAUGGCCCACCCCUCCGGCCGGCCCCGCGUGUAGGAUGGUAGCACACAACCAGGUGGCAGCCGACAAUGCAAUCUCCACGGCAGCAGAGUCCCGACGGCGGCCAGAGCCUUCCUCGUCCUCGUCCCCGCCCUCGCCCUCGCCCUCGGCGGCGCCCGCGGUCCCCGCGCGCCCGCGGCCCUGCCCGGCGGCCCCGGCCCCCGGCGACACGCACUUCCGCACGUUCCGCUCUCACGCCGAGUACCGGCGCAUCACCCGAGCCAGCGCGCUGCUCGACGCCUGCGGCUUCUACUGGGGGCCCCUGAGCGUGCACGGGGCGCACGAGCGGCUGCGCGCCGAGCCCGUGGGCACCUUCCUGGUGCGCGACAGCCGCCAGCGGAACUGCUUCUUCGCCCUCAGCGUGAAGAUGGCCUCGGGCCCCACGAGCAUCCGCGUGCACUUCCAGGCCGGCCGCUUCCACCUGGACGGCAGCCGCGAGAGCUUCGACUGCCUCUUCGAGCUGCUGGAGCACUACGUGGCCGCGCCGCGCCGCAUGCUCGGGGCCCCGCUGCGCCAGCGCCGCGUGCGGCCGCUGCAGGAGCUGUGUCGCCAGCGCAUCGUGGCCACCGUGGGCCGCGAGAACCUGGCGCGCAUCCCCCUCAACCCCGUCCUCCGCGACUACUUGAGCUCCUUCCCCUUUCAGAUCUGACCGGCCUCGCACGCAGCAUUAACUCGAGGGCCUUGUUAUUAUUAAUUAUUAUUUCCCUGGAACCACGUGGGUGCCCUCCCCACCUGGGUUGGAGGGAGCGGGUGUGGGGGCGAGGCGCCUCCCCUUCUCGGCUGGAGACGAGGCCGCAGACCCCUCCCCAUGUCUUGGGGGCGGGGGCGCACCCCCCACCCCCCGGUGCUCCCUCU